AUGAUUAGAAAUAAUUCUCACAAAAUUUCGACAAAAAAGCCAAAAACCCGUAAAUUAUUGAAGAAAAAAUCAAAAAUCAAAAAAAAUUCAACAGUCACCGAAGGCGAUUUUCACAGUUUUCACAACAAUUUAAACUCUUCAAAACCCUCACUUUCUACCGUAAAAUUAAGAAGACUUUUAACAGAAAAAGACUCCUCAGAAAAACUUCCAGGGAGAUAUUACACCCCUAAAGAGCUUUUAAAGGUUUCCAAACAAAUUAACGAAGAAAGCAAGCCGCAUGUAAUUAGUGUCGAUGAAUAUUUUUAUAACAGCAUUACAAAAAAUAUUGACAUCUCCAGUGAUGUAGAGCAUAUAAAAUCUUCACCUUUAAUUAAAGAUCUUGGCGACCUUAACAAAAAUGAUAAAAGGAUGCUCGAUACCUUAAAAAUCAAAAAAGGUCCAAAACGUCUCAAUUCUCAACCAAAAACAAAUAUUUUUGCGAAAUUAACAAAUGCCCUUGAUAGGUUGGAAACAGAAGAGUCUGAAAGACUGCGAAAACAAGGGAAUGUUUUUAUGUCAAAAAUGAACACAAAAUCAUAUAAAAAGCUACUAAAAUCGGUAAAUUUGCCUUUUGCAGAUCAUAAGAGGGUGCCACCUCCACAAAGUAAAUGUUAUUUAGGAAUAAAAUUUAGAGCUCCUGCACUGAAAAAGACCUGAAGCUGUGAGCUUAGUGACGAUGAUGAAGAAACUGAAUAUUCAAUAGAAAAUAAAGGGAAAACUAAGAAAGAUAAAGUAAAUAAAGAAAUUGAAAUCAUUAUGGAUGAUCUUCAAGAAGAAAUCAAAAAAAUUGAAGAUUACAUAUACAGAAAGAAAACUGGAGACAUUUUUAAGAGAGAAAUUGAAGUAGGAAGCCUAGCGAAAUCUGUUUGAAAAAUGAGGGAUGAAAGACCUGCUAUUUCUGUUGACGUUGCGAAGCUAUUUGAUCGUUUGGCAAAGAGAAAAACUGUAUGGAUGAAUUCAAGAAAAGAAUAA